ACUGCAGCUUGCAGUAAUCUGUAAAUGAUUGCUGGCAAAGACUGGAGGCUUCAAGCUUGAGCUGUGUUUGCUCCAAGAGAAAGCCAAGAAGGACGGUGUUAAUAAAGAGAGAUUUAACUGAGGGCUGUGCUUGGAAUAAAGUGGGCUACAAAAAGGUCAAAUUUGAUCAGUUGGAGCAGAUUACAAGGGCUUUAAAAGGUAGUGGUAAAGAAAUGAAACUGGGACUGUGAAGCAAUAUAGCACAAGAUUGAUUUUGGGGGUGGAGAGAAGCUGGGACAAGUGCUUAUCAGCUUGAGAAGGAGGAAGAGCUGUGCUGGGUUUGUUGUCAUUCCCACACUGAGUAGAGUACUUGCUGCUUUUGUGGUUAGGCUUCCCUGCCGUGGGGUUGUUUUUUUUCCUUCUUAUAUAUAUAUUUUAUUUUUACUAUUCCUGCAAUGGUGUCUAUAAUCUCUGACUUGGAUCCUCUGAAAAGCUGGAAAGUUUUAAGGGAGACUGCCACAGAGUUAUCUGGAACAUUACCAAGUAACGGCACAGCUAACAAGAUGAAUGGAGCUUUGGAUCAUUCAGACCAACCAGACCCAGAUGCCAUUAAGAUGUUUGUUGGACAGAUUCCCCGUUCAUGGUCAGAAAAAGAGUUAAAAGAACUUUUUGAGCCUUAUGGAGCUGUCUACCAGAUUAAUGUUCUCCGAGACAGAAGUCAGAACCCUCCCCAAAGUAAAGGUUGUUGUUUCGUAACAUUUUAUACAAGAAAAGCUGCUCUUGAGGCACAGAAUGCACUGCACAAUAUUAAAACUUUACCUGGGAUGCAUCAUCCUAUUCAGAUGAAACCUGCAGAUAGUGAAAAGUCAAAUGCUGUGGAAGACAGAAAAUUGUUCAUAGGAAUGGUUUCGAAGAAGUGUAAUGAGAAUGAUAUCAGGGUGAUGUUUUCUCCGUUCGGCCAGAUAGAAGAAUGCCGAAUCCUUCGGGGACCGGACGGGCUGAGCAGAGGCUGUGCGUUUGUCACAUUUUCUACAAGGGCAAUGGCACAGAAUGCAAUCAAAGCCAUGCACCAGUCUCAGACCAUGGAGGGCUGCUCUUCGCCAAUCGUGGUGAAGUUUGCUGAUACCCAAAAGGACAAGGAGCAGCGACGUUUGCAGCAGCAGUUGGCACAGCAGAUGCAACAGCUCAAUACUGCCACUUGGGGAAACCUCACAGGUCUUGGAGGACUCACACCACAGUAUCUAGCUCUUCUGCAGCAGGCAACUUCCUCCAGUAACUUGGGUGCCUUCAGCGGCAUUCAGCAAAUGGCCGGCAUGAACGCUUUACAAUUACAGAAUUUGGCAACUUUAGCAGCCGCAGCAGCCGCCGCCCAAACCUCAGCUACCACCACCAAUGCAAAUCCUCUGUCCACAACGACCGGUGCUCUGGGAGCCCUCACAAGUCCCGUGGCUGCAUCAACUGCUAAUUCCACAGCUGGUGCGGCCAUGAAUUCUUUGACUUCUCUGGGUACUCUCCAAGGAUUGGCUGGAGCCACUGUUGGACUGAAUAAUAUUAAUGCACUAGCAGGUACCGUAAACAUUGCUCAAAUGCUCUCAGGUAUGGCGGCCCUGAACGGAGGACUCGGCGCAACAGGCUUGACGAACGGUACAGCCGGCACGAUGGACGCGCUCACCCAAGCCUACUCAGGAAUCCAGCAGUACGCGGCCGCCGCACUACCCACCUUGUACAGCCAGAGCUUGUUGCAGCAGCAAAGUGCUGCGGGCAGCCAGAAGGAAGGUCCAGAAGGGGCAAACCUCUUUAUUUACCACCUCCCCCAGGAGUUUGGAGACCAGGACAUUCUGCAGAUGUUCAUGCCUUUUGGAAACGUUAUCUCUGCUAAAGUCUUCAUUGACAAACAGACCAAUCUGAGCAAGUGCUUCGGUUUUGUUAGCUAUGACAAUCCAGUCUCUGCACAAGCUGCUAUCCAGGCUAUGAACGGCUUUCAGAUUGGCAUGAAACGCUUGAAGGUUCAGCUGAAACGCUCCAAAAAUGACAGCAAACCUUACUGAUCUUAACCCCAGAUGCUUACUGCUCUUAUUUUAGCUUUCUUAGGGUAAGUCCCAUGAGCAAACCUGUCCUCUGCAGGGGAUUAAGAAAGAACAUAGAGCCAACCUUCACCAAGAGACAGUUAUUUUUACAGUUACCACUUCCAUUUCCCCACUUGUCCUUAUUACACUUGGCUCCCAUUUCCUAGCCAAGUACUUACUGAGUUGUGUUAGUGUAUUUUGUUUUGCAGCAUAAUUUAUCUCCUUUUCAAAAGAAAAAAUAAACGUCUUGAAAUUCAAAGCAGCACAUACACACA